GAUUUGAUACUUUUAUGGAGAUGUAGUAUCUUGCUGAGUUUCGUGGCUGUUUACGAGCAAUUUGUGUAGAACUCUGCAAGAACAUUUCGUGUAACACGCACGUUUCCUGGCAACCAUUUGCCACCCAAGUCUGAUAUCCAACACCUGGCUGCUCUGUAAUUCAAUCUAGCUAAGUCAGCCAACACCGUCAACACACAGUCACUGCACAUGUUUCUGCACAGUCGACCUGGCAAGUGCGUUAUUUGCGUAGGCGAGGUCAAAAUUUAUUUUCUAAUAUCCGGGGAUUAUGCGCUUGCUGCAGCGAAGACGCCUGAUCGUUUUAGCAAAAACGAGGACCGUUACAACCAGCAACGUGUGCUGAAACUAUGGAUAUUGUUAAAUAUCUAUCAUUUCUACGAGUUUGACUGGAAUCAGCUGCGUUUCAGAUGGGAAGGAGCGCGAACACCUCCGGGGGGGGUUACUGAGAUGUCACAGAGCUCAUUUGACAGCAAAGACCUGGAAAGAUCUACUCCAACUAACGUGAAAUCACUUGAUAGAAUUGAGACACGGAGUACUUCAAAUUAUUGUCUUUGCUUGGUUCAUAAGCUUGCGUGUGCAAUGUUUGUGUUAUGGAGUUUUAUGAAUGUUAGAGCGGUGACCAUACACUGAACAGAAUCUAGGUGUAGUUGACAACUACAUCACACUAUAGUUCUUACAAGUUAGAGAAAACAAAGAAAAAACA